UUUGACAACUGCAGCGAGUAAAUUGACGGAAGUUACUGUUCAGUGGUUCACCUUUACUUCCUUUUCUGUCAAAAUAAUUGACUAAGAUGAUUGGCUCCAAGAUUAUCAAGCCCGGUGGCGCUGAGCCCGAUGACUUUGAGAAAUCUAUUGCUCAAGCUCUUGUUGAGCUCGAGGCCAACAGUGACCUCAAGCCAUACUUGAGAGAUUUGCACAUUACACGUGCCCGUGAAAUUGAAUUUGGCACCAAGAAGGCUGUCAUCAUCUAUGUUCCCAUUCCCCAACAGAAGGUUUUCCAAAAGAUCCAAAUCAUUUUGGUCCGUGAAUUGGAGAAGAAAUUCUCCGGCAAACACGUCGUUGUUGUUGGUGAACGCAAAAUUUUGCCUAAGCCCACCCGCAAGGCCAGAAACCCUUUGAAACAAAAGCGUCCACGUUCCCGCACUUUGACUGCUGUCUACGAUGCCAUCUUGGAGGAUUUGGUCUUCCCUGCUGAAAUCGUUGGCAAGCGUAUCCGCGUCAAGUUGGAUGGCUCCCAAUUGAUUAAGGUGCACUUGGACAAGAACCAACAAACCACCAUUGAACACAAAGUUGACACCUUCACCUCGGUCUACAAGAAACUUACUGGCCGCGAUGUCACCUUCGAAUUCCCCGACAACUAUUUGACCAUGUAAACUGUCAAUAAAUUAUUUUUAUAGUCCAAAAACAAACAAAAGUUGUUACACGUGUGUCACUUGUUUAUUGUGUGAACGAAAACAAAACAAAAAUUGUAUAAAAGGGGCUUAAGAACAGAAGGAGUGUAGUAAAGGAAGUCGUAAUGUUUUGUAAAAACUUCUGAAAUUCAGAAGAUUUUGUACAAACCAAAAGAAACCACAAAACAUUAAAAAAUAAAACAAAAAAAAAAAACUUUUACAAAAACUUGUAAAACAAAACAUAA